AUGUCGUCCAUCCUCAAUGUUAUUUCCCAAUCUCAAAAUGAAGAGAAUAUUCGGCCGAUAAAGUCAACAAUUGAUGCUUCUCCAACUAAAAAUGAGGAUUCGAGUCUUCAGGAUUCAUCCAACAUAAUGGAGUCGCCACCAAAACCAGCGGUGGACAAAGACCUCAUGCAAAAAAAGCAGGUGGCAAGUGAGCUCAUUGCUCUGUGCGAGAAAGUUAUGAAUGUCCGGAACAAUUCUGAUGAGUUCAUUGCAUUCGUCAAAGAACAGAAGAAUAUGGCUGCUCCUUUGAAAAAGAGGACGUCCGCCGAUAAGCGAAGGAUAAGCGGCAAAACGAGUCAAAGAUGCGAAGUAAGCAAGUUCGGUGGAUGA